CAUUAGUGUGUUUUUCCUUCCCGAGGAUCGUCAAAUAGUAUCAUGCUUAGGAAAGCGUUCAUUCUUGUGUCGGCAUGUUUGGUAGUGAGCGCAGCUAAACUACCGAAACUGGUGCUAGACGACGGCUACCGGGUAGUUGGAGGAGAGGUGGCGAAAAAUGGAUCGGCACCCUAUCAAGUGUCGCUGCAGAUACCCGGCCACGGUCAUAAUUGUGGCGGUUCUCUGCUGAACAACCGUUGGGUACUGACGGCAGCACACUGUAUUGUUGGUCAUGAACCGAGCAACAUUCAAGUGCUUGUCGGUACAAACAGUUUGAAGGACGGCGGCCAGAUAUACAAACCGGAUAAAUUGUUCCACCACAACUACGCUAGUCCCGAGUUCCGCAACGAUAUCGGUUUGAUACGUCUGAAGGAGGAGGUACAGUUUUCGGAGAUUGUGCAAAGCAUCGAAUACUCGGAACAGGUUGUCCCGGCGAACGUUACCGUACGGUUGACGGGCUGGGGACGCACCAGUGCUGACGGAAGUGUGCCAACGCUGCUGCAGAGCCUGAACGUGGUGACGCUCACGAAUGAAGACUGCAAGGCUAAGAGCCUUUACCCCGAACAUGUCGACGUGGGGCACCUUUGCACGCUGACCCGGACUGGAGAGGGCGCUUGCAAUGGUGACUCCGGUGGUCCGUUGGUGUACGAGGGAAAGUUGGUCGGAGUGGUGAACUUUGGCGUUCCGUGCGGGCUCGGAUAUCCGGAUGGGUUUGCGCGCGUCUCCUACUACCACGAUUGGAUUCGCACAACGAUGGCCAACGAUUCGUAACGGAUUUGCAGUCACGUGGUUUGAAGUGGUGAUUUCGUGUUCUGUUGAAUUCACCUCUGCCACCGUAGUGCGAAUUGCAUAGUACCAGGCGCAUAUAGUUUCACUGGCGUGCACGAGAAACGUUGUACCUCAAAGUGUUUGGUACUGUAUGCGUAAGUGUAGAACUUCUCCUAUGUUCGGUGUAAAGGAA